AUGUUCAAGAAGUCAGACGUAUGGACUAAGUCCAUACAGAGAAUCAUCUUCCUUUCUCUUAAUGGACCUGGAAUGGUGGGGAAUACUUUUAUACUAAUGAAACACAUGUAUACUUUUGUCAUGAGUCCUGAGAAAGAAACCAUAGACCUUAUCCUUAUCCCCUUGGCCUUUUCUAAUGCAAUCAUUAUUUGUAACACAGCGGUAAGAGAGAUAGCCACUGUUUUUUAUUUCAGAAAUUUUCUAGGUGAUGUGGGCUUACAGUUACAACUUGUAGUUUAUCUGGACAGACUGGCUCGAGGGCUUUCCAUCUGCACCACCUGUUUGCUCAACAUGGUCCAGGCCAUCACCUUCAUCCCCAGGACCACCCAGUGGAGAAAGCUCAAACCUAAGACUGCAUGGCAGGUUCUCCCCUAUCUCCUCCUCUUUUGGUUCUUCAAUUCUCUGAUCAGGUGCAAUUUGCUCCAUUAUAUCACAGCAGUCAGUAGCAUGAACAGAUCUGAAGUUAGAGUGAAUGUUGACUAUUGUUAUAUGCUACCAUCUAGGCAAACAGUAAGAUGGCUUUUCCUCUCCCUCAUGGCUCUCCGGGAUGUGAUGGUUCAGAGUCUCAUGGGCUGCAGCAGUGGGUACAUGGCUUUCCAUCUGUAUAACCAUCACAAGCAAGUCCUCUACCUUCAGAGCUCCAGGUUCACACACAAUUCCAGCCCAGAAAUCAGAGCUACUAUAAGUACCCUCAUUCUCAUGGCCUGUUUCCUUGUCUUUUAUUGGGCUGAUUUCAUGUUUUCCUUCUACAUGGGUUCCACCUUGAGAAAUCAUUUCAUAGUAUUAAACAUUAAAAUCUUUCUAGCACAUGGAUAUGCUGUUUUCAGCCCUUUGGUCCUAUUCGGUCCAGAUAUUUGGAGUGCUAAAUCCUGGAGGGCUCACUGA